AUGGAUUUGACUUACUCUAUGAAAGAGCAUAAGGAAAAACUCGUCGAAUUAGCUGAUAGUCUGGCCAUUCACAUGAACAACAUAACCAAAUCAUUCCGACUGGGCUUCGGUUCAUUCAUAGACAAAGUGGUGAUGCCGUACGCGAGUAUGGUUCCCAAAAAACUGGCCAACCCUUGCACGGAUCAGCAGCAGUGCGCCCCUCCCUAUGGUUUCCGCAAUCACUUACGCCUCAGUACAAACAUAUCACAAUUCGUUCUGGAGGUGGGGUCGACACCACUUUCAGGCAACUUAGACAACGCUGAGGGAGGUUUUGACGCCAUAAUGCAAGCCAUAGUCUGUCGGCAACACAUUAAGUGGGAAGAUUUGUCACGAAAGAUAAUACUCUUCGCCACUGAUUCCAUAUUUCAUUACGCGGGCGAUGGAAAACUCGGAGGAAUUGUUCAACCAAAUGAUGGUGAAUGUCAUUUGAGUGAUGAAGGAGUCUAUACUGAAAGCAAAGAACAAGACUAUCCAUCGCUGGAACAGAUCAAUAGAGUGGUCACUGAAUCCAAAACAAACAUCAUCUUCGCUGUUCCCGAAGACAGUAUUAAUGUGUAUAAGCAGUUGAGUGAACACAUUCCCGGCUCAACCACUGGUCUACUCAAAGACGAUUCAUCAAACAUUGUGGACAUAAUAAGAGAUAAUUUCAAGAAAAUCGCUUCAAAAGUGGAAUUUAGAGACAAUUCUUCAGAUGCCAUACAAAUCCGUUACAUGUCUUCGUGUUUAGGCUCUCAUAAGAGUGAGUCAAACACGUGUCAUAACAUAGGCAUCGGACAGACCGUGGAGUUUGAUGUGGAGCUCAAAGUGACUAAAUGUCCUUUGGGUGGUCGCGAGACCUUUAUCAUAUCGCCCAUCGGUGUCAAUGAGUACACUGUAGUGGAACUACAUGUCAUGUGUGAGUGUGAGUGCGAGUUAGAGCCGGCGGCCAAACCCAAUUCCACCGACUGUUCAUCGGAGGGCACGUAUGCGUGCGGUAUCUGUGAGUGCCAUCAGAAUCGGUUCGGCAAGAAGUGUGAGUGCGAUGGAGACCACGCCUACAGAGAGGAUAUGCUCAACCAGUGUAGACGACAUUCCAAUGCGAGUACCCUCUGCUCUAAUCGGGACAUUCCAAUGCGAGUACCCUCUGCUCUAAUCGGGUGCCAUUCGAGGCCCAACCCAUUUGAGCUCAUUUCCGGCAAAUUCUGUGAAUGCGAUACGUUUUCAUGCAAUCGAGACAUUAGAGGCCAGGCGUGUGGGGGACACCAACGGGGGUACUGUUGCGAUGGUAUUUGUCAUUGUGUGACGGGAUGGUCGGGCGCCACUUGCGACUGUAGUACAUCCAACUCCACCUGCAUUUACGACGAACUGUCCAAUAAGACGUGUUCAGGACAUGGAGACUGUCGGUGCGGUAGCUGUUACUGUAAUGACGGAUAUUAUGGACAGUAUUGCGAGGAUUGUGCCAGCUGUGAGGGUCGGUGUAAUGAAUUGCAACCUUGUGUUGAGUGCAAAGUCUUCAAGUCUGGCACCUAUUCGCCCGUUGAAUGUCGUGACAAAUGUACGUUUGAUUAUGAAAUCACCGAUUCAUUAGUCUUCAAGUCUGGCACCUAUUCGCCCGUUGAAUGUCGUGACAAAUGUACGUUUGAUUAUGAAAUCACCGAUUCAUUAGAGACUCGUGAGGGCGCGCGUCGGUGUGUCUACUUUGACAAAGAGGACUGUGCCAUCAGUUUUCACUACGAAUACAACGAUAAUAAACUGUUUGUUAGGGUGAAGGAG